AUGAGAGUUGGUACAUUGACGUUACUCAAAGCUGCUCGUCCUCUUGGACGAAUGGCAAAGCCCAGAUCAAAGCCUGGUUCUGGAGCCAAUACCAACAGUGCUAGGCCGCCUUCCACUAGUUCUAGAUCCAACACUGAUAGGAGGUCUGGACCAUGGAGAAAGUUAACUACUGUAAGUAUAAUAGGGAUUAUUGGAGGUACCACUGUGUAUUAUACUGACGAGUCAUUGUUCCUGUCGGUCUUUGGUAGAACCAUUCGAGCCACCUAUGUUUUAUCGUGGGUGGCGUACCAAUACUCCAAACAGCUCCCUCCAGGGUCUAAAGAACUUGCUGAUUUACAUGAAGAAGCAGCAGAGAAGUUGUAUCAGAUGCUCAUGACCAAUAAAGGACUUUAUAUCAAGAUUGGACAAGCCAUUGCCAAUCAAGGAAGCGUGUUCCCCAUUGCGUACCAGAAACGGUUUGUUAAGCUCUACGAUAAUGCACCUAAUGAUAGUUGGAGAUCAAUUGAUAAGGUGCUCAAGGCUAAUUUGGGGAAUGGUUAUCAAGAUAAGUACUUUGAAUCAAUAGACACGGUCCCUGUGGCCAGUGCGUCUGUUGCUCAGGUUCACAGAGGAUAUUUGAAAGAUGUGUGGGGAGGUCAACCAGUGGCCAUUAAAGUACAACACCCUUACAUUCCUAAGCAAACCAAGAUUGAUUUAUUGGUGUACCGGGUCUUCUCCGUAGUGUUUGAACGGGUAUUUGAUAUCCCCAUGUCGUUUUAUACGUCGUACAUCUCAGACGAACUACAAUGCGAAUUGAACUUUAUCAAUGAGAUGGUCAAUGCUGAAAGGUUACAAGCUGCCAUUGCUAACGACCCAGGGAUGAAGAAUGAGCACAUUGUUAUCCCUAAAGUUUAUCAUGAGUUUACAACGCUGCAAACGUUAAUAACAGAAUGGAUGGACGGUGUACCGUUACUGGAUAAGGCAAAGAUAUUGGAAAAGAAAUUUGAUGUUGGUCGAAUGGUGUCUCAGUAUAUCCAAGUAUUUGCUCGUCAAAUCUUCAAGUAUGGGUUUGUUCAUCUGGAUCCUCAUCCUGGGAAUAUCAUGGUACGGUUCAAUGAACAACUGGGGGAUCAAGAAUUAAUUAUUCUUGAUCAUGGACUUUAUACUACUUUACCACCUAGAUUUCAAGAUGAGUACCGUGAACUCUGGAGACAUUUAUAUCUGUUUAACAAGAAGGGAGUGGUGAGUAUUAGUCGGAAUUGGGGUAUAAAUGAAGCUGAACUAUUUGCAACUAUAAUGUUACUUCGACCAGCUAACUUCAUGUCAAAAUCGGAAAAAGAUGCCUUGGAUACUCAAUUACGUGAGACCAGUGUCCAAGAUUUACUUCGAGGCUUCAUUAGUGAUAAGGGCAAGUUUCCUCUUGAACUUUUGUUUGUUGUUCGAGCUAUGCGUAUGAUACAGAAUUUAAAUCAACAUUUUGGUUCUCCUGUUAAUCGAAUCAAUGUGUUUUCAAGAGAAGCCAUAGGGACCUCUACACCAAAUGGCAUUAGUGAUUGGAUGAAGUUAUUAUUUCAAAAGUUGACUCUUUUUUCAGCUGAUUUGGUUUUCGGCUUGAUCCGGUUUAGGCAAUGGGUUUGGGGCGACAAAUAUGGAAGCAAAGCCAUGGGAUUAGAAGAUUACUUUGAAGAAUUCAUUAAGGAUUCGGCUUCUAAAUUAGGAUUAGAAUGGUUCGACCUUAAUAGUCCGGAGAUAAUUUAA